UAUAUUUUGUUUCAGUCCCGUUUCCCUCCAUGGUUUCUCCUCUCCCCGACUAACUUAGCGUUUGGCUCAGUUCAUUAUACAGUCCCAUAUUCUCCCUCCAUUAGGGCAUCUCUCUGCCUUUGGACUGAAGAUCCCACCAAAACCCUAGAGAGAAAAGUUAAACUUUCAUAGGGCAAGAUGGACAUGAAAAAGAGGAUCCACUUGGAGCUAAGAAACAGGACACCGUCUGAUGUACGAGAACUUGUUCUUGAUAAUUGCCGAUCAAAUGAAGGAAAAAUUGAAGGCCUCACAGCUGAGUUUGUCAAUCUGGAGUUCCUCAGUUUGAUAAAUGUUGGCUUAAUGUCAGUCUCCAACCUGCCUAAACUAGGAAAACUCAAAAAGCUGGAGCUGAGUGACAACAGAAUCAGUGGCGGCCUUGAUGUUUUAGCAGAGAAACUACCCAACCUCACACAUCUAAACCUGAGUGGCAACAAAUUGAAAGACAUCAGCACGUUGGAACCGUUGAAAAAGCUGGACAACCUGAAAAGUUUGGACCUGUUCAACUGUGAAGUGACAAACCUGAACGACUACAGGGAGAGUGUGUUCAAACUGUUGCCGCAGCUCACUUACCUGGAUGGCUAUGACAUGGAGGACAGGGAAGCUUCUGACUCUGACGGAGAGGUCGACGGGGAUGGUGUAGAUGAUGAAGAUGAUGAAGAGGGAGAGGAGGAGGAGGAUGAGGAUGGAGAGGAGGAGGAUUUUGACGAGGAAGAGGAUGACGAUGAAGAUGAAGAGGAGGUAGAAGGAGAAGAGGAUGAUGAAGAGGUCAGCGGAGAAGAUGAGGAGGAAGACUUUGGUCAGGAUGGUGAAGUUGAUGACGAGGAUGAAGAUGAGGAUGAAGAUGAAGAUGAAGCAGAGACUGGCAAAGGCGAGAAGAGAAAGCGAGAUCCAGAGGAUGAAGAUGAGGAUGAGGACGACGAAGACGACGAUUAAGAGAAAAAAACUGAAAACGAGAGCCUACCGAGUUACCAACCCCUUCCCUCCCCGACAAACCUGAACACCCACCCUCCAACUCACACCGCCCUUUCUACUCCACGUCUCCCCCCAGCUCUGAGCUCUUUUAUGGGGCAAGACUGUACCGGACGGGUGGGCCGAGUGGAGCUGCCCCCCCUUCCCCCAUGGAACCGAGAGCCACCCCACGCCCCCCUCCCCCCCUCACCCAAUCCACCGCCCCAAGGUUCUCAGGCAGCCCACCACUCAGCAUUCCACAAUUUCACUGUCAAUCCCUCUUUAUGUAUUCCCGCGUGAGGACUUUGGGACUGGUAUCUAGUUUUGGGUCUGUGCUUUUAAUAUUUUGUUGGAUGAAUUAUUUUCUGUUGUUGGGUUUAUUAUUUCUCUUAUUUUUUGUCUUUGUUUUAUUUUUUUUUUUUUUCUGUUCCUUAUUUUUUUCCCAAUAAAAUUAUUGCUAUAGCAACUGUGCAACCAGCGAGCCAUUAUUUUUAGCGUGGCCGCCUGUUGCACAAAUCAAGGUUGUAGCUACAUUUUUACUUUCUGUAUGACAAAAAAACAACUUUGUAAAUAAAAUGUUAACAUUUUG